AUGCAUCUCGCAACGCUCGCUACUCUUGCUCCCCUUCUCUUUUCUACCUGCGCCGGCCAUGUAACACAGUCGCGAUUACAUGACGCUAGUUGCACCAGGACCACCGUAGCCGUUCUAGGCGGCGGGAUGGCCGGUGUUACUGCUGCGCAAGCUUUAGCAAAUGCCUCGCUUCAUGAUUUUAUCAUUGUUGAGUAUCGGGAUACCCUUGGAGGUCGGGUCUGGCAUACCGAAUUCGGGCAGGGUCCGGAUGGGCAACCGUGGGUGAUCGAAUACGGCGCCAACUGGAAUAGGAGAGCUGACAGAGAGCAGAUCCAAGGAUUGGGGUCAGAAAACGCCGCAAACCCGGUCUGGACUCUGGCCAAAAAGUACGGUCUCAAAAAUACAUACUCCGAUUACGGUUCGAUCCUGACGUACAAUGAAACCGGAUAUACCGACUACAGCCAUCUUCUCGAUGAAUACAGCGCGGCCUCAGAAAGGGCAUCAGAGCGCGCCGGGAGUAUUCUCAACGAUAACAUCCAGGACAUGACUGCGCGGUCUGGCCUGGCGCUGGCAGGUUGGAGACCGCGCAGAGACGACAUGGCAGCACAGGCUGUGGAAUGGUGGAACUGGGAUUGGGAGGGCGCCUACACCCCCGAAACCAGCUCGUUUGUGUUUGGCGUCGCCUCGGAGAACUUGACCUUCAACCAGUUCGGUGACCAGAACAACCUCGUCCUUGACAGGCGAGGGUAUAGCGCCAUCAUUCAGGGCGAAGCCAGCACCUUCCUCCACCACAACGACUCCCGCCUGCGCCUCAAUACGCGAGUCGCCGACAUCGAGUACGGCCCCGGGGGCGUCAUCGUCCGCAAUAGCGACGGCUCCUGCAUCAGCGCCGCCAACGCAAUCUGCACCUUCUCGCUCGGCGUGCUGCAGAAUGACGCCGUCAACUUCACCCCGUCCCUCCCGGACUGGAAGCAGACCGCUAUCGCCAAAUUCAAUAUGGGCACCUACACCAAGAUCUUCAUGCAGUUCAACGAAACCUUCUGGCCCGACGACACCCAGUUCUUCCUCUAUGCCGACCCAACAACUCGCGGGUACUACCCUGUCUUUCAGUCCCUUUCAACAGACGGGUUUCUGCCAGGCUCGAACAUCAUCUUCGUGACCGUAGUCCAGGACCAGGCGUACCGUGCAGAGCGCCAGUCGGAUGAGCAAACAAAGCGAGAAGUCCUCGAGGUGCUCCAGAAGAUGUUCCCCGACAAACAUAUCCCCGACCCCAUCGCUUUCACAUACCCGCGCUGGUCCACGGAGCCCUGGGCCUACGGGAGCUACUCAAACUGGCCCGCGGGCACGACCCUGGAGAUGCACCAGAACCUGCGCGCGAACGUCGACCGGCUCUGGUUUGCAGGCGAGGCGAUGAGCGCGCAGUAUUUUGGGUUCCUGCAUGGCGCUUGGUUCGAGGGCCGCGAGGCAGGUAUGAAUAUUGCUGCAUUGCUGCACGACGAGUGCGUGAGCAUCUAUGACAUCGAAACAUGCGGUGCAAGGAAGCACUAUGAUGUCCUGCAUGGGACGACACCGGCUGCUGCGUAUUCGGUGGUGAAUGGGUGGACCGCGAAUAGUACAACUAUACAGGCCUAACUGGUGUCUAGGUAUAUUACAGCGUGAUAUAUAAUGAAUAGUUGAUAUGUACACUGAAUGUUAGUUAAAUACUACUUCACAAAGUAUAAGUUUUCUCUC